GAUAUAUAAGAUGCAUUAAGAAAUUUCUCCUGAUGUUUGAUAAAUACUAAAAGACCCAACAAGUCACGCGCCCGAAUUCAUCGUCGCACUAAACUCGCUCGGUUAGCCCCCAUUCGUGUAGCUCUGGUGCCACCAAAAACGGUAGACAUGGCCGCGGAAAAUGCCAUUUCUAAUCUCGGCGCCAUCUCCGGUGCCACCAAGAAAUCACGGGAAAGCGAGCGCCGUCGCCGUCGCCGAAAGCAAAAGAAGAUCAAUAAGAGUUCUAAGGAACCAGAUGCAAAGGCCUCCGAAGACGUUGACGACACGAAUGAAACCACUGAAGCACAUCAGGUUGUCCAACAAGUUGAAAUUGAGUAUAUCCCGGAAAAGGUAGAUGAAGGCUUGGAUGAGGAAUAUAAAAAAAUCUUUGAGAAAUUUAGUUUAAACGAGGUUACUGGUACAGAGGAUAAUGAUAAGAAGGAUGAGUCAGCAGAAAAUUCAAUUACUAAUAAAAAGGCAAACUCUGAUUCUGAUUCUGAAGAGGAAGAAAAUGAUAACGAGAACAAAGAGAAAGGUGUCUCAAACAAGAAGAAAAAGCUUCAACGCAGGAUGAAGAUUGCCGAGCUAAAGCAGAUAAGCUCAAGGCCAGAUGUUGUUGAGGUGUGGGAUGCUACUUCAGCAGAUCCAAAGUUGUUGGUGUUCUUGAAGUCUCAUAGAAAUACUGUACCUGUACCUAGGCACUGGUGUCAAAAGAGAAAAUUUCUGCAGGGUAAAAGAGGUAUUGAGAAACAGCCCUUUCAGCUUCCUGAUUUUAUUGCUGCCACAGGAAUUGAGAAAAUCAGACAGGCUUAUAUUGAAAAAGAGGACAGCAAAAAGUUGAAACAGAAGCAACGGGAACGCAUGCAACCAAAAAUGGGGAAAAUGGAUAUUGAUUAUCAGGUUCUUCAUGAUGCAUUCUUUAAAUAUCAGACAAAGCCAAAGCUGUCAUCUCUUGGGGACCUGUAUCAUGAAGGAAAAGAGUUUGAGGUAAAGUUGAGGGAGAUGAAACCUGGCAUGUUAUCACACGAGUUGAAAGAAUCUCUUGGCAUGCCUGAGGGUUCUCCUCCUCCAUGGCUUAUCAACAUGCAGCGAUAUGGUCCUCCACCAUCAUACCCUCAUCUAAAGAUCCCUGGCUUGAAUGCUCCGAUUCCCCCAGGAGCUAGUUUUGGUUAUCAUCCUGGUGGCUGGGGCAAGCCUCCUGUUGACGAAUUUGGGCGCCCACUUUAUGGAGAUGUUUUUGGUGUUCAUCAGCAAGAUCAGCCUAAUUAUGAGAGGAUGGGUGGCACUGGAGGGGGAUCAUCGUUUUUUGAAGUUUGGGUGUGGCCGUUGCCCCUGGGCAAAGGAAUCUGCUUAUUGGUUGUAUUUUUCUUUCUGUCAAUAAUUCUUGUUAUCAGACUCUGUUUUCUGAAUUUUGGGUUUAUUAACACAUACCAUGUGAAAGCUUCAGUUUCUAUCAUAUUCCUAGUUACAUUUUACAUAAAUGUUCUCUCAAUGCAGGAAGAGCCGAUUGAUAAAACCAAACACUGGGGUGACUUGGAAGAGGAGGAGGAAGAAGAAGAGGAAGAAGAGGAGGAGGAAGAGGAAGAAGAAAUGGAGGAGGAAGAACUUGAAGACGGUAUUCAAUCUGUUGAUAGCCUGUCAAGCACACCCACUGGGGUGGAGACACCUGAUGUUAUUGACCUUCGUAAGCAGCAGAGAAAGGAACCUGAAAGGCCUCUUUAUCAAGUCCUUGAAGAAAAGGAGGAAAAACUUGCUCCUGGAACUUUGCUUGGAACUACGCACACUUAUGUGGUUGGCACUGGCACUCAGGACAAGUCAGGGGCUAAAAGGGUUGAUUUGCUUAAAGGUCAAAAGACAGAUAAAGUGGAUGUCACUUUACUGCCAGAGGAGUUGGAUGCCAUGGAGAACGUUUUACCUGCAAAGUAUGAAGAAGCAAGGGAGGAAGAGAAAUUGCGGAGUCAGCGUGAGGAUUUCAGUGACAUGGUUGCCGAGAAUGAGAAGAAGAGGAAGAGAAAGAUGCAAGAAAAAGAUGGCAAGUCCAAGAAGAAAGACUUCAAGUUUUAAGGUUGUUUGGCUCCUCUUUAUUUUGCAGGUAAAUGGAAGACCUGGAAGUUAUCUACUCAUCAAAUUGUCAUUUUCCAUUAGCAACAGAGGAUUUGAAUUUAGCGGUGUUUUAUCGCAUCUGUAUAAUGCUAUUGUCUGCAAGUUGUUGUUUUGGAUAGGAAUAUUCUACUCAUGUAAUAUUACGAUGAAAACCUUAUACAGAAUUUGGAAUUUGUUAAUAAGACAGAUACUUAAGUGA